AUGCCCACAUCCUCUGCGGUCGCCACCUCCCUGGCCAGUCAGCUGGUAGAUCCUGAACGGACUGCUGGGUUCUUCCCUCUCAGUGAGAUGCAGCCUACAGACUCAGCCAGAGCUGAGGCUGUUGCGGAUCCUGGUGCCCCCAUCAUUGGCCUGGUCCUGGCCAUCUACAUCAUCACCUUCAUCACAGGGCUGCCCACCAACCUCCUGGCCCUGGUGACCUUCGUGCGCCAGGUCCGGCACCGGCCCAACCCUGGCGCCGUGCUGUUGCUCAGCCUCACCGUGUCUGACCUCCUCCUCCUCCUCUUCCUGCCCUUCAAGAUGGCUGAGGCAGGAACCAACAUGACCUGGCAGCUGCCUGUCAUUCUGUGCCCCAUCACCAACUACUGCUACUACACCUGCAUCUACGUCAGCACCCUCUUCCUCACAGCGCUGGGGGUGGACCGCUACCUCAGCGUGGCCUUCCCGGUGCAGUACAAGCUGCGGCGGCGGCCGGCCUAUGCCAUGGCAGCCAGCGUGGCCUUCUGGGUGUUGGCCUGUGCCCACUGCAGCGUCGUCUUCAUUGGAACCUACUACAGGAAGCAUGGGCUGAGCCAGAAGUGCUAUGAUAACUUCUCCUCAGACCAGCUCCAUGUGGUGCUGCCCUUCCGCCUGGAGCUCUCCCUUGUUCUCUUCUGGCUCCCAGCCACCAUCACCAUCUUCUGCUAUGUCAACUUCGUGCGGAUCCUCCUGGCGCUGCCCAACAUCCCGCGGCGGAGGAAGCACCGGGCUGUGGGGCUAGCUGUGGCCACCUUGGCCAACUUUGUCAUCUGCUUCGCGCCCUACAACAUCUCCCACGUGGUGGGAUUUGUGGAGAAGCGGAGCCCCCCAUGGCGGAUCUAUGCCCUGCUCCUCAGCACCUUCAAUGCCUCCCUGGACCCUGUCGUCUUCUACUUUUCCUCCAAUGCUGUCCGCAAGGCCUUCGUCACGUGCCUCACCAGUGUGGCAGGCCGGGUGCGGGGGGCCGGGCCACAGGGGCCCUGCCUGGUCACCAGCCGGGAGCAGGGAGAGGACACGCGGACAGGGAGUGGGGACGAGCUGGAGGGGUCAUCUGGGUGA